CGCUUCGCCCAGGUUUCCGGAAUUUCAUAUGGAUUCGACCCUGCUAAACCAUCGGGUUCUCGUAUCCAAAUAGCCAGUGUGAGGAUUCAGGGCCGUCUUAUUGAACCUUCUGGAGAGUAUCUUGUGGCCACAAAGAAGUACAUGGCGAUCGGCAAAGAGGGCUAUAAUGUGAUGGCAAAAUUUACUUAUUUGUGCGGUUCAUUUCUCAAACUGACUGAUCAGCCACUCUUGUGUUUGCAGAGGCUGAAUAGUUUCCUGCUCGGUAGACGAUCUCAACAGCGGCACAGCUUAAUACAGACGCUCGAGCGACACAUGCUGAGUAUGACGAACCAGCAGGAUAGCGUGGAUGAAGACAGUUGUGUAUGGAGACGAGGUCGCUCGCAUACAAUCGACUACGGCGAGCCUUCUAAGCUCAACUCCAUAUCUCCCAAAAUCGAGGGCAGAAUUGUGUGCCUGGGCGAAAAUGAAUAA